UCAGUACCUCUUGCUUGCAGAGGUUAAACGAAGCAGUUUGAACCCAAGUUAAAAACGACAUUAUUCGCAAAUUAGUUCUGAAGGAUAGUAAUAAAACAAAAGGGCGGUAUGUACAGUGUGGUGUACAAGCAGGAGCAAGCUCACGAUGACAGCAUCUGGUGUGUAGCUUGGAUGAAGAGUGACAGGGAUGGAGUAGAAAACAUAGUCACAGGAUCGGUGGAUGACUUGGUCAAAUGCUGGAACUGGGAGAAUGAUGAACUGAAAUUAAAAUGGACCUUGGAAGGCCAUCAACUUGGUGUGGUUUCAGUGGACAUCAACCCAACAGGAACAAUUGCAGCAUCAAGUUCUCUGGAUAGUCACAUUAGAUUAUGGGAUCUGGAGGUUGGCAAACAGAUGAGAUCGAUAGAUGCUGGACCAGUUGAUGCAUGGACGAUAGCAUUCUCUCCGGAAGGUCGAUUCCUAGCCUCUGGGAGCCACGUUGGAAAGAUAAAUCUUUUUGGAGUGGAGAGUGGAAAGAAAGAGUCCCAGCUUGAUACACGAGGAAAAUUUACUUUCAGCAUAGCAUAUAGUCCAGAUGGAAGGUUUUUAGCGAGUGGAGCUAUGGAUGGCAUUGUAAAUAUAUUUGAUAUUCAGUCAAGUAAACUACUCCACACAUUAGAAGGUCACGCUAUGCCUAUCAGGUCACUGUGCUUCUCUCCUGACUCACAGCUCUUAGCCACCGCAUCAGAUGAUGGACAGAUUAAGAUAUACGAUGUACAACAAGCAAACCUUGCUGGAACCUUGUCGGGUCACUCAUCGUGGGUGACCGGUGUCCACUUCUGUCCAGAUAACACCCAUUUUGUUUCCAAUUCUUCUGACAAGACUGUGAAGGUAUGGGACUGUGGUACAAGACAAUGCGUUGCAACAUUCUAUGACCAUCUUGAUCAGGUUUGGCAAGCAAAAUACAAUGGGAAUGGAUCCAAGAUGGUAUCUGUGUCAGAUGACAACGCUAUUCACAUCUAUGACUGCCCCAUCUAAAUUAUUGUAGAAUAAUCUCAUCCUUUUAUGAAA